UGAGCUAUUGGUUUAAGUCUUUUUAACGAAAACAAACAGAAAAAAAAUUUGAAAUUAUAGCUAAAUUUUUGUUGUAAAAAUUUUCUUUAGCAAAAAUGGACAUUGACUAUUCUACGUAUGCUCAGGUUUUAGGCUUCCCCUAUAUGCCCACUCCCGAAGAAUACUAUCCGGAGAUGAGAGGUGGCAUGCAGCAACAGCAACAGCAACAGCAGCAAUACAAUGACAUUGACCAGGGAUCCAGCCAUUCAGCUCCUAUCCGAAACAGGUUCCAUCAGAGCCAUCAGGGGGCUAUGGAGGUGUCCGAUGGCUUCCAGGCCAACGCCUAUUCACCAGUUCGCUAUCAAUCUACCAGUGCAGCCGCAUAUCGCGGCAUGGUGAAGGAACAAAGACGAGCCAAGGAAAUGAUGUCCCGCAAUGGGUUGUAGAUCAUCACCCAAUGAAGCAUCAUUACAGUGGCGGUGAUUCACAUUACAACUGAAAUAAUGAUGGCGAGUCACAUUUACAAACAGAUUUUCAUAUACGUAAACUAAUUUUUCUGUGGUGAAAAUUUGUGUUAGUUUAAUAUAUUUCCUCCAUAAAGGGGUUUUUUUUUUUGCA